AUGCUGAGUAAGGCUGCGGCAGUGCAUGGCCCUCCAAGAGUCUUGAUUUUGCACCUGGGGGGAAAUGAUCUAGUUGAACAAAAAGGCAUUGCCCUGACCCUUGCUGCAAGGGCAGAUAUAGAAAACUUGCAUGCCUUGUACCCAGCAAUGGGCAUCGGCUGGUCGAAUCUCCUCCCCCGCCUGUGCUGGAGAGGAGUUUCCAAUCCCUCUCGCAUCAAUUAUGCGGUGAAAAAAAUCAACAGGGCCAUGCGCAAUCUCAUGCGGCAGAUCGGCGGAUUCUCUAUCCCACAUCCCACCAUCAGGGCAGGUACGGCCGGCAUAUUCAGGGCGGAUAGAGUGCAUCUGACACCAUUUGGUAAUGACCUCUGGCUGCACGACUUGCAACAAAUCCUCAGGGACUGGGUAGACAGCAGGGUUUGA